CGUCUGAAUCGGAUUUUCCCCUGCGUUUUCUGCCUUUUCCUCUUCUCUCCACAAUUCUUUUCUUUGACUAUUACUCUCUCUCUAAUACUUUUCCUUCUAGGGUUCUUUUCUUCUUCUACUCCUCCUUCCUCCUUCCUCCUCUCCAUAAAAGUCUCAAGCUUUCUCAUCCAUUAUCCUCAAGCUCACUCAGCCACACAUACCCACAAUGGCAAACAUCACUUUCCCUUCUUCUUCUUCUUCUAUGGAUAACCCAGUGGUGUCAGCCGCAUCUUCUUCCUCUGGGGCUCCUGAGGACGCUUUUGAAGACGGCUGCAGUAUAUGCCUCGAGCCCUUCACCACCGCAGACCCUGCGACUAUUACCAGUUGCAAACAUGAAUAUCAUCUUCAUUGUAUUCUUGAAUGGUCUCAAAGAAGUGAAGAUUGCCCAAUAUGUUGCCAGUCUGUUGUCUUAAAGGAUCCUGCCAGCCAAGGGCUUCUAGCUGCAGUGGAGAUUGAAAGGCGCUCAAGGUCAAGGAACAUUUCUUCUGCGGCUCCCACAUCACUUCGUCAUUUCUGUGAAGAUUUCAGUGUUGAGCAUGAUGCUUCUUACUCGGAUGAUGACUCUGAUUUUGAUGAGCGUAUUAUGCAGCAUAUGGCUGCUGCUGCUGCUAGCAGAGCUCGUUAUGUUAGUAGAAGGGAAAUGCAGAGAUCUUCUGGGAUUGGUCCUUCCCAAGUUCUUGUUUUCACAUCUCCUGAAAACACGUCACAGAAAACAUAUGCCACUUCACCAGAAAAUUUUCAAAAUUUAAGUUAUGUAUCACCCCAGGGUGAUUCACUAUCUGGCAUACCUUCCGCUAUUAACAUUCAACCUCCGUCAUCUGUGGAUGUUAAUUUGGUCUCCAGUGCUGCUGUCAACAGAGAUAUCCCUUUUAAACCCAGACUUCUUCACAGCCAGCCACCACCUGAUACUCCAAGAAGGCCAAGCGCAUCUGAGAUAUUCUCCUUUCCAGAGACACUCAAAUCUAAAUUGUCUGCUGCUUCAGCUAGAUAUAAGGAAUCAAUCUCAAAGGGUACCCGGGGCUUUAAGGAGAAGCUACUUGCUCGUAAUGGCUCAGUAAAGGAGCUAAGCAAAGGAGUUCAGCGCGAGAUGACUGCAGGAAUUGCUGGUGUUGCACGAAUGAUUGAACGCCUAGAUCUUAGUUCAAAGCGAACUGGAUCCUCUGUUCCUGUUUCCAGUUGUACUGUGGGCCCUUCAAACUUAUCCUUCAAAGGGAAGGGUGUGGAGGAUAAGGUCGAUGCUCAGUCUCUUGACAAAAAUAGUGGUCUAAUUGCAGAUGAUUUAAGCCCAGAUACAACCUAUAUCUCUGGUGCUAUACCAGCACAGCCAGAGAUUCCUCAUGCACAGAGCGGAUAGAAAGUUGGUGUUUAUCAGCUAUAACCCAGGAGGCAGAUAAUGCAAGUGACGUAGUGUGUGAUAAAACCAAUCCACUGGCUGGUUUUCGUCCGGCAUUGCCUGCCUAUACAUGCAAAGUGGAAACCUUAAUCGGACCAGAUAUUCAGAUAUUGUCCUGGCCAACACUGUUUUACUUUCUUCAUAGUUAAAACUGAGAAUUCUGGUGUAAUUUAUUAUCUCCCAUUUACAUCUGCUUUCUGCAACCUUUCUACUUUGCUGUAUGAACUGUUUCCAACCUUACAUGUUUGGUAAAA